UUGUUGAGCCCUGUGUCCCCUGCCUCAUUGCCAAGUGUGUGUUAGCAAGCCACUGCUGCCUCUUAGCACAGCAGGCAAUUUGUUGACAAGAUAUUUGGGACACUGCAUGACUUGCACCCACUGUCAGCUGUUAAAACACCAUUUCUCCAGUCAGCCAGUGUCCCUGGAAGUUCAAAUAUGGCUGCUGGCAGCAAUCGCCGGCUUCAGCAAACUCAGCACCAAGUAGAUGAGGUUGUUGACAUCAUGAGAGUGAAUGUGGACAAGGUAUUGGAGCGAGAUCAGAAGCUGUCAGAGCUGGAUGAUCGCGCUGAUGCCCUGCAAGCGGGGGCUUCCCAAUUUGAAACCAGUGCAGCCAAGCUGAAGAGGAAGUACUGGUGGAAGAACUGCAAGCUGUUGCCAAAGGUUGGAAUCAUCUUUGAUGUGGGCAAUAUUGAUAGCUGUUGUUGUCAUUAUCAUCAUCAUCAUUAUUGUCUGGAGUGCGGCUCCAUGAGUUACAAGAAGAAACUCAGUUCAACCGAAGGUGCCUUUGAGAAUCUUCUUCAGCCUCUCCACUUCAAACCUGAUGCCUUCUCAGCCCAUUUACUGCUAUUUAAAGCAAAACUAUUUUGAUUACCGAGAUGUUAACUAACUUUA